CGCGAUAUUUCGGGCAUAUGUUCUCUCGCUGCAGCGCUGUAGCGGGCUGAGUGUGGGUGCCUGACUGCCAGUGGAGCCACCGUCUCUCUCUCAAGCGAACUGCAACCUGAGAUAUUGAGAGUGUUUACAUUGCCUUUUAACUUUUGAAUGGCCAGAGGAACAGUGUGCUUGACUGUUUCUAAGAAGGCUGGCCGCUUCCAGGCUCCUCCGAAUCAGAUAUUAAGAUGUUCUUGUCCAAUCCAUCCUCACAGAUACUGAAUCUGCCAGCCCACAGUAUGACAGGCUAUUCUGUGAUGCAGAUCACUAAAUGAACCGGAGAAGAGUAUCCUAACUGUGACAUAGAGCAGAAUGACGGCGCAGUCAGACGUUCACUGAUGAUUGGAGCUGGGUAAGCAGUGAUGAUGCGUUGUCUGGCAGCCCGUGUUCACUACAAGACCCUGAUAGUGAUCUGCGCUCUUCUCUCUCUGCUCACUGUCGUUCUGUGGAACAAGUGUACAAGUGAGAAAGCGCUGCGCUUCCUGCCCCGGCACCCCCAGCCCCCUCCCAGCCCGAAAAUAGACAGCCAUCCGCAGCAGCCCCAGCCUCCUGAACCUCCACCUGUGGUCGGCGGAGUACGCUACGAAGAGAUUGACUGCCUGAUCAAUGACGAUGUCACCAUUAAGGGCCGUCGAGAAGGUAGUGAGGUAUACCUGCCCUUCAGCUGGAUGGAGAAGUACUUUGAGGUGUACGGCAAGGUGGUACAGUACGACGGCUACGAUCGAUUUGAGUUUUCGCACAGUUACUCCAAAGUAUACACCCAGAGAGAGCCGUACCACCCCAACGGAGUCUUCAUGUCCUUUGAGGGGUAUAACGUGGAGGUGCGUGACCGAGUCAAGUGCAUUAGUGGAGUUGAAGGAGUACCUUUAUCCACCCAAUGGGGCCCUCAAGGGUAUUUCUAUGCUAUCCAGAUAGCUCAGUAUGGCCUGAGUCAUUACAGUAAGAACCUGACAGAGCGGCCACCCCACAUGGAGGUGUAUGACACAGCGGAGGAGAGAGACAGCAGGUCUAGUACAUGGACUGUCCCUAAGGGCUGCUCUCUCAUCAGAGUCUACGACAAGACCCGAGCCACAUCAGUACGACAGUUCAGCGUUCCAGAAAACUCCGAGGGCGUCUCACUUCCUCUUGGCAACACUAAAGAUUUCAUCAUCUCUUUUGACCUGAAGUUCACAUCUAAUGGUAGCGUCUCUGUCACCUUGGAGACCACAGAGAAAGGGCCUCCGUUUGUUAUCCACUAUGUCACCACUAGCCAGCUCAUUUCUUUCAAGGACCGUGACAUCACCUAUGGGAUCGGCCCUCGGACAGCAUGGACCACGGUCACCCGUGACCUUCUCACCGACCUCCGCAAAGGCAUUGGACUCUCCAACACCAAAGCGGUCAAAGCCACCAAGACCAUGCCCCGACGUGUAGUAAAGUUAGUGGUGCACGGCCACGGGAUGAUAGACAAUAUCACAAUCUCCACCACGUCACAUAUGGCGGCUUUUUUCGCCGCUAGCAAAUGGUUGGUGCGCAACCAGGACGAGCAUGGUGGUUGGCCAAUCAUGGUGACUCGCAAACUCGGGGAGGGUUUCCGUUCACUGGAGCCGGGUUGGUAUUCGGCCAUGGCGCAGGGGCAGGCCAUGUCCACUCUAGUACGUGCCUAUCUAAUGACAAAAGAUGACACGUACCUAAAGGCUGCCCUGCGUGCCACCGGACCUUUCAAACUGCCAUCGGAGCAGCACGGCGUCAAAGCUGUGUUCAUGAAUAAGUAUGACUGGUAUGAGGAGUAUCCCACAAUCCCUAGCUCCUUCGUUCUGAACGGGUUCAUCUAUUCCCUCAUAGGCCUGUAUGACCUGGCGCAAACCGCAGGUGAGAAACUCGGCCGGGAUGCAGGUCAGCUGUACAGCAAGGGAAUGGAGUCUCUGAAAGUUAUGCUGCCCCUGUAUGACACCGGGUCGGGCACCAUCUAUGACCUGCGCCACUUUAUACUGGGCACGGCACCCAACCUGGCCCGUUGGGACUAUCAUACAACGCACAUCAACCAGCUCCAGCUGCUGGGUACUAUUGACAACUCGCCCAUCUUCAGGGACUUCAUCAAGCGCUGGAAAAGCUACCUGAAAGGAGGAAGGGCCAAGCACAACUAGAGCGGAGCACACCUCUAAGGUUUCUUUAGACCCUCACGUCCUCAUCCUGACUGCCACCGUGAGGGCCACUGUGUCUAGCGUGGAGAAAAAAAGUCUGAACACUUCGGUAGCCCUCUGAUUUUUCUGUUUGAGACAGUAAUUGCAGUGCUUCUUGUGUCUUUGCUGAGGUUUUAAUUAGGUACAAACGCAGCUGCUUGCAGCAUGUGUCUGGAUGAGGAUGAGGAAGAGGGAGGGCUUAGGUAUUUAAUAUUCAAAGCUCCAGAUCUGCAGGUUUCAGUGAGAAACAUGUCUUCUGAGAUUUGCCACAUUUGGGCACACUUCAGUCGAGAUGUGGGACCGCAAAGCAGCUUUCAGAACCUUCUUCCAAAGUAAAGCUCAGUCACCAGACAGGCAAAAACACUGAGAAUAAAUCGUAGAGAGCAAACUUUAGCUGCAAUAGUCAUUUGAGUUCGUAGCCCAUGAGCAGAACAUAUAAGCUAAGGAGAAAAAUGCUGAAAAUGUCCUUAAGUGUAGCAUUAUUAUGUUUCAGUGAGCAGUGAAGGUUUACUUGAUCGGUUUGACAUUGGAAGGAAACACAGCGCCUUUUGUUCAACCCACUGUCCAGCCUUCAGUCUGCAUUUCAUGAUCCUUUGCUCGGUCAGAACCUCACCGCAAUCAGAUUGAGUAGUCACUAAUGCGGCCCAGUCCUGCCCAUAAUGCACUUAAAGCUUUAGAGAGUAGGUCGUAGGUCACUCGCUUCAUGUUUACAACAGAUUUCAGGUAACAUUGAUAUAGGUAUUAAGACACCACUAUCCUAGAUUAUCAAACACAAUGCCUAGAAUACAACGGUUUGGUUGCUUUUUGAGAAAUCGGAGGGAGUCUGAAUGGUUGUGUAGCCUGUGUUCUUCAUCCCAGUAAGAAGUCAAACCUCAGUUAAACUGUGCUAGACUGGUCAUGCACUUUACUUGUGAGGCAUGCAUGUGUAGUGAGGAUGCCUUUAUACAACCACGUGAAGAAUUGUGACGUAAUUUCUGACUUUGUUUUUUUUCUCUCGUAUGCCUUGAUGGCAGUGAAUCAUUUAUAAGGGAAUUUUCACCUUUUGUUUGCUGAGGUUAUUGUAGCUGUACCCAUUUUCCUGCUUUUUUUUUAACAAGGUGAUUAAUUUACAAAUUAUUUUUGGACAACUAUAUUAUCCCUUUCUUGUUUUGAGUGUCAAAAACAGUUGCCAUUAUGUAGAGCAAAAGCAUGUUUCUUCUUUCACAUCCAGUUCAAUAAUUAGCAUCUUAGCCAAGAAAAAGAUGCAGUUUCAUGUACUAAAAAUAAACUAAUGAUCAGUACUUCCUCAUUAAAUUAGUGAAACGAUUUGCAUGUAAGACUAUAGCAUCUGUUUUUUGUUUUGUUUUUUUAUCCAAAAGCUUCUCCUCACAGCACUGUAAUAAUUGCAGCAGACCUCUGACUAGAGCAGCCAAAUGUUCGAGACUGCAGAUGGAAAUAUUUUCUUAAGUUCAAACGAGUUUUGGCCCUGUCAUUUCCUGAUGUUUCUCAGAGCGGUCAGCCACUUGACCUCAGCAGUAAAACCUCCACCUGGCUGAAUCCUGUCGAUCCUAAUCUCACCUAACUACAGCCGUUAAGAUGGUGAGAUAUUAUCCCAUUAUCUGGCAACCUGCUGUUCAGAACCAUCUCAAACAGAUGUUCACAUUCCAGUGUGAGCUUUUGGCUUUGGAUUUUCAGAACAUAAAUGUCAGAAUUGUGACAUUUCUAAAUGUUUUAUUUCAAAGCUUCUAGUUUGUUUGGCAGGGAUAGCAUUUACAGACUAUGGGUGCUUUAGCCUGGUGGCAUACCUUUUGUGUUGACCUUUUUUGGUUUAAAAAUCAUGUUUUCCCAUGAAAAUCAGGUUGCUUGUAGUUUCACUGACACAGAUCUCACAUAUAAUACUAUGCACAUUUCAUACUUGUUGCUUAAUGGGCAGACAGUAUGUUUAAAGGGGAGAUGAAUGAGGCAGAGAGCUACAUUUCAUUUAUAUUGUACCAAAGUCUUUAAAGUUUUUUUUUUUUUUUUUUUUUUUUUUUGCAACUUUAGUUUUUGUAUUGUGGUAUAUGGAAGACCAUGGACUUUUUUUUUUUUUUUUUUUUUUUGGAAGUUUGGAAAUAUGAUGUGAUUAAUGGAACAUUUUGAGGUGGUAUAUACAUACAUGCCUUCCUCUAAAGAAAUGCCUUUUGAUACUGUUUUUUUUUUUUUUUUUCACCUCCAGUCUAGAUUUGUAUAAUAUGGAGUGGAUAUAGAAGGGAACAGGGAAUUUAAUUAAUCACUGCUAUCUAUGGGGAUGUGUGCAAAUCUUGAUGUAGAGCUAACGCUCAGUGCUACAUAUUUCAAAAGGGAAAAGAGAGAUUUGGAACAGCAUGCCUGAUCUUGAAAGCCUUGUUUCAAAACAGCCUCCCUUUUGAGUUGGGUUUACCAAACGUUGUUUGCAUUUGAGUGAACUCCUUGGAGUAAGCAAUGUUAAAGCACAACUAUAGUUUCUUGAAUUAAUUUAUUCUCAUCUCUUUUUUUUUUUCUUUUUCUAUAUAUAUAUAUAUAUAUAUAUAUAUAAUUUUUCUGGUCUGGACAAAGUGCAAAGCCUUCCUCUGCAAGCUGCUGCAGUUUAGAAUUGUAUAUCGGUAGAAAUGUGGUUGAUCUUUUUCCUUUUUUUUAAAUAUUUUUUUCAUUCUUGAGUUAAACUGACAUGCGAGGUGUAUUUCAUGUGUAUGCAAUAAAUGGUUGAACUGGAUCGCAACAGCUGCACACCCAGAGGUUGUACAGACUUUGCAAAGGAAGCACAAUGUGCGAUCAUUUAUAUGCAGGACAAAUGUUUAUUAAAGUCUUUGUGCUUUAAAUUGCUUUUUUAAAAGUUGUAUAAAUAAAGGCAUUUCGUUUUAUACAUA